AUGGAGAGAAACGAGGCGUGUGGCUUGUCACCAUUUGCCGGCCGGUUUGAUUUGGGAAUAGGAAUGGGAAUGGGUAUGGAUAUGGAUAUGGAUAUGGGUAUGGGUAUGAAUCUCGUUGGUGUUCAGGAACAACAAGCUGCUGACAUUAAACCAAACAUUGAUGACAAACAUAUUAAUGUUAAUAAUAAUAAUAAAAAUAAUAAUAAUAAUAAGAAUGUUCAAGAUGAUGACGAAAGGGAUCUGGUUGCGGCUGCUCGGUUCGAUUUUCUUAAGAAAAAAAGGAUGCCCAGAUUCCGACGAGGUGCAUCCGCCGCCGCUGUUCGGUCUUUUCCGCAUUUAACUUCCUUUGCUACCCCGAUUCCGACAAGUAUUGUCGAUCAGGGAAGGCUCACAUUUCUCUUUAGCAAGAAGCUGCAGAAAAGUGACGUUGGCGUACUCAAAAGAAUUGUGCUGCCAAAGAAACCAGCAGAAACACACCUACCUGCACUGAUCGCUAAGGAAGGUAUCAUUUUGGAGAUGGAUGACAUGGUUGGCAUGCAUGUGUGGUGUUUCAAGUUUAGGUUUUGGCCAAACAACAACAGUCGCAUGUAUGUCCUUGAGGGCACUGGGGAAUUUGCCGAGGAACACGAGUUGCAACUGGGUGAUUAUAUAAUGUUGUAUCGAGAUUCGGUUAACCUCAACUAUGUAAUACAUGCCGUAAAAGCUUAUGAAGUGGAGGAGUUCACAAAAAAAGAAGUGAAAACUAGUGUCCGUACUCAGGGGAAAUCUGGCAAAACACCACCAAAUAACUGUGGUUUGAUGAAUCAGAGUUGGCCCUGGGGUGGCCUUGAAGUUGAGCUACUUAAUCCUACUAACUACCCUAUGAACGUUUCGCCCGUAGAGGAUCAGAUGGACAUGACCUUCGUUUAUGACACCAGCUAUUCCAAUGACACUAUGACUCCACUUGAUUUCUUGGAUGGAUUCAUGACAAGCUACCCAACUUCUCAGCCUAAUUUUGCCAUUGAUAAUUUGUCUAUUGAUGAUCUCUAUAAGAUCUAGUUGAUGUUGUGAGUAAUAGUAUGUGCAUCUAGAAGUACAAAAUAAGUAACUGAGGUAAGAACUCAGUAGAUGUUGCUUUUGUCUGUAGCGCUUUCUUUUGAAUAUCCUUCCUUACAAAAACUCCUUGAAAUGGUCUAACCGUUUAUGUACAAGUAUUAUGACCAUUGUAUGCGUGUUUCUUGGAAAAUUAUCAA